AUGUGUGAGGUGCGACAACUUGAACUAGAAAAUAAAAGCACAACUCUUAUUUCUGAGUCGAGUAUAGAAUGGAUUAGAUCCUUAAUAAGUGAUAGGGAACUAAAAUCGAUAGAUAGUUCCGAAUUUGAAUUUAUUAAGAACGUCUAUGCUGACGGGAGUUAUGGUUUAAUAGGACUUUAUCGUUGGAAUACCAAAAAUCAGAUAGUAGUUCUGAAACAUACAACUGAAUUUUUGUUGAAUGAAAGUCUUGUUCGCGAGUUAAAGGUAUACAAGGAAAUUUACAACCCGGAAGAAGAAGUUGACAAAAUUAAGAGAGAAGGUUACGAUAAUAUUAUUAGAUUUUAUGGAAUAAGUUAUUUCGGAAAGGAAAAAAUCUACAAGCUUGUUCUCGAAUAUGCAAGAGAUGAUCUACGUGAUUACAUGAAAAGUUAUGGGGAAAAAAUGAACUGGAAAAAAAAAAUUGAAAUUGUUUGUCAAAUUUCAAAUGGCCUUUGUUUCUUACACUCUAUGGAGAUAUUGCACCGUGACUUGAACACAAAAAACAUAUUAGUUCAACAAUCCGAUUCCGAAGAAAUACGUAUAUUUAUAUCCGAUUUCGGGUCAUCCAAGGUUCUAACUCAUGGCAGUGGAUCUGGAUUUAAAAAACAAUUUGAAAAAAUGGCAUUUGUAGAUCCUCACGUUUUAUUGGGAAAACGCCAUAACAAGAGCUCGGACAUCUAUAGUUUCGGGGUGGUAAUGUGGGAAGUUUCUAGUAGCGGUAGGGAACCAUUCAAAGGCGAAAAAACCGUCAAUUUAAUGAAACAAUUAAUUAAUAUGACUAAUUAUCGAGAAAAAGCAAUACUCGGGACACCAAGGUCCUAUAUGGAUCUUUAUCAAAAAUGUUGGCAAUACGAACAAUCCAAACGACCCACAGCGAAACAAAUAAAUGAUUGCCUGAAGAAUAUAAAUUUACAUGAUGUAUGGAAAAGAGGUAUUAAUGGAACAGAAGACGAGGAAUUGGAAGAUUUGAUCAAUCGACUUAAACAAAUUAAGAAUAAUUCACCAAGCAAAUUACCCCAAGAUCUUUCUCGAGUCCUAAAGAAAACUCGUUCGGUUUUGAGAUCAGAAAAAGAGAAAAACGUCCAACCUAACGUGCCUUACAUUUCUACACAAGUGGAAACUAACUUAUUGGAUCUACCCAAUUCCGUACCUCAAAAUUCCACAUCAAGCAGAGAGAAAGAGGAUUUUGAGGAUUCCAACAAUCGGAGAAAACCCUCAUUAGACUAUUCAGAAUUAGAUCCAUCGAGAGCCCUUUUAGCUUUGAAAUCUCAAUUUUCUUCUGCUCAAGUAUACAAUUUCUCUGCAGAACUAAAUCCUUUGAGCCAGAAUUUAAAUAUUAUUUGUGAUUAUAUGAUAAAUGGGCAGCAAAAAGUCGAGAUACCAGGUUUACAGGUUAAAUGCGAAGUAGAAGGGGCUAGACAAGCUGAAAUAGAUCUACUAAAUCUAUUGCAGUCACACGAAAAAGAAAUUUUCGAUAUUCUCCCUAAAAAUAUAAUUGGAAUUGGAAUUACCUUUGAAAAGUCAUACCAAGAACCUUCCAUUGUGCUCUAUAUAAAUAAACCACCAGCUAAAAUCUCUGAAGAAAUGACUGGAAUGUUGUUUGAAAUAUUACAACGACCACCAGAAGAUGUUGUUAUUCGCCUGUUGUCUGACGAAGAUGAUUCUCAUGAAUCAAACAAAAAUGCAGAAUGUAACAAGGGUAAAAAUAUUGUAGAAAAUUAUAAUAGCUAUCAGGAGAAUAGAGACUUUGAGGAUAUAAAAGAUAACGAAGAUAGUGGAGAAAAAGGAAGCAAUUCCAAUAAAAGAUACAUAAGUAACGGAGGUAACGGUGAUGAGCCUAAUGGAAACAUGCAAAACAAUGACGGUGAUAAAGAAGGAGAGGAAUUCAAUAAAAAAAAUGAAGAUAAUGGAAAAGAAAGUGACGGAGACGGCGGGGGUGAUCCUAGUGAAACAAACGGCGUAAGAUUUAAUGAAUACAUUAAAGCGAGCGCUUACGCAAGAAUAAGCGAUAAAAAUGUUAUCCAAGAGGCCACAAUUCAGUUUGAUUUGCGGCUAGAGCAUCCCCAAAACGAAGACGACAGGCUAGAAAUUGAGAUCCCUGAAAUGUUUCUGUGUGGUGGAGACAUGCUAUAUGAUCAAUCAAAAGAUUUCAAGGCUGUAGGAUAUUACCCAGUUGAAGCCAAGGUUGCUUUUACAGCCAUUUCAACCCUCCCGCAAGGUAAUGAAUAUAAUUUGAUCAAUAUUGUAUAUGAAUCUAUCCCACUUCAAGAGAUGGGUACGCAAAAAUACACCAAAUUAGUGAAAAAAGAAGCGUCAGCAGGUGUCGAUGGAAUUACCCCUAAGGUAAGCAUAAGUUUCGGCAGAGAGAAAACAAUUAGUGAAGAUAAAGUUCCAAUUGUCACUAUCCAAACGCUUAAAAGAGGAGGAACGGGAUUUUCAUGGAGAUAUUGUUUAAAUAAUGAGGAAAAGGAAAAGAAAUAUAGUGAUUAUAAAGUACCAACAACAAUUUAUGCAGAUUUCGAGUAUGAAAAAGAUCUAGUCAAAAAGUUUGAAAUAAGAACAGUGUUGGUUUUGGCUUUAAAAUUUAAGAAGGGAUUGUUUUCAAUACCUCAUGUAACCAAAUUUCCGGAAAGGUUGCGAUUUUCGCUUUCUGUAAUUAUAAUGGAAGAGAAAAUCCAAGAAAUAUUUAAGGAAAAAAGAAAAUGUAUUCACAAGAAGCCCUUGAAUGCUAAUAAGAAAAAUAACUUCGAGGAUUCUUCAAAAGAAGUUAUAGAACAGAAU